AUGUCUUCAGAAAUGAGGAAAUGUGUGAAAUGUCCCGAAAGAGCUACAUUAUGUUGUGCAGACGUAAAGAAAGCAGCUUACUGUAAGCCAUGCUUUAUUCAAAUGAUAAAACAUAAAUUUGGCUCCACUAUCGGUAAACGACGACUAUAUAAAGAUGGUGAGCAACGUGAGACCUUAGUGGUUUACGAUGGAACUAACGCUGGCGCAUUUUUAUUGUCCCUUGUUAGCCAGGGUCUGCGAGCUGAUGCUCAUAAACGACUCACACUUGUACCUACUGUAAUGGUUCUUUUCAAGGAAACGGAUGAAGCAAUUAUUGAUAAUAUCAGGAAGGAAGUAGAACUUAUCAAGAAAUGUAUCGCAGCUCCAUGGAUUUGUGUCCAUAUUGCUGCAGUCUUCGAAAGCAAUAUUUCUGAUUCACUAACAUUUUCUGAUAUUUACGGCAUUGACCAUUUACGACAGUGGACUCAAUUGUUGACUUCCUGUUCGUCAUUAUCUACUAAAGAAGAAGUUGAAUAUUUGUGCUCAAAUAUGUUAUGUAUCCGAAUAGCGCGGAAGUUAGGAAUUAAUAAAGUAAUGUUAUCUAUGUCUGCCGAUGAAUUAGCCUCAACGACUCUCUCAUCGCUUGCUUUAGCUAGAGGUCCUUCCGUUUUUCAUGCCGUUAAUGUAGUUGAUAAGCGUCACGGUGAUGUCACAUUGAUACGUCCACUUCGGGAAAUUAGCGAAAAGGAAAUUGCACUUCUCAAUCGAUUUGAAGGAAGUGAUCAAUAUAUUUUGAAUGUACAAAGGAAUCGUUUAAAAGCUGAUGAUGAUGAUCAGUCAUUGCAGUCAGUCUCCAGAGAUUUUAUAAGCGAUUUGAUAAUCAAUGGUUUUACUGGAACCGUAACGACUAUAUUAAGCAUCGCCAACAAAAUUCAGGCUCCAGCUAUGAAUAGCACUCGCUGUGUUCUGUGUGCCUCAGUUUACAAUGCAGAGGAGGAAGAAAGGUAUUGCUUUUCAUGUAUGUCAGUUCUGGAUCAAGUUGGUGACAAGAUCCUGUUAAAGAAGCUCCUUGAUUCCAUAUGUACGGUUAUCGAUAAACGCACUAAGAAGUAG